AUAACAAAACAUCUGCUCUAGAGAUAGUAUCUUUCGCCUCUAGAGAAAUAGGACACCGAGAAUCGUGGGAAGUUUAGCAAUGUACAGGAGUUUGUUUUAUUUAUAACUGUGGUUUGUGUUGAAGGAUUUCUAUUCUUGCGGAGGGAGAACAUGUUAACAUGGUAGCCAUAAUCUUUCAGAUAUUACUGUGUGCAAUAUACACCACAGCGUAUGACAAUUUAGCGUUAUGGAAACUCGCAUGGGUGCAACAUAACUUCCCUGGCAAAGAAGUGGACUGGGGAGCAGCGAAGGCUGUGGACGGACUGUAUAAUGAUCGCUCAGCAGGAGGAAACCAAUGUACUCUGUCUAACUUUGGUCAAACAACAACGACGUGGAGAGUGGACCUGGGGAGUGUGAUCAGGAUCAGUCACAUUAACAUCUACUACAGGACGGACAAUUAUCCAAGUCCCGGGGUGUAUAAUAAUCGAUUUGCCGGAUUUUUCCUUUACGUAUCCAACAGUACGACAAAGGAUGACGGUCAUCUUUGUUUCCAUGAAAUACAGAAUGUGAACGGUACACCAGUAGAGAACCAGACAAUAAGCUGUUCUGUUCAUGGACGAUAUGUCAUAUACUACAACGAGCGGAGGCCAGGUGUUACCUAUCCUAGUUAUUACUCACGAUACGCAUAUAAUGAACUAUGUGAAGUGGAGGUUUACGGAUGCUCUGACCCAACAUUUUAUGGAGUGAAAUGUGAUCAACAGUGUCCCGAUGAAUGUCAAGAAAAAAAAUGUGACGUCAUUACAGGCCACUGUCUGGGCUGUAUACCGGGAUAUCAAGGGUUUCGCUGUAGGCAGGCCUGCAAUAAAGGAUUGUUCGGCGCCAAUUGUCUUCAUGUCUGUGGACAUUGUGCAGGGAACGCAACAUGCGAUCACGUGAAUGGUUCAUGUCCCUCUGGGUAUUGUGCACCAGGAUGGAAACACUCAUCUAAUGGAAAAUGCGACCAAGAGUGUGAUGACGGGAAUUUUGGAUAUAAUUGUAUGUUGACUUGCAAUGGUCACUGCGCUGAUCGAUUGCCGUGCAGUAAAACAGACGGCGUGUGUCCCGGGGAAUGUAUGGAGGGAUGGACAAAUCCUUAUUGCAACGAAAAAUGCAGCCGACGAUCUUACGGGAAAGCUUGCAUGGAAAGGUGUGGUUAUUGUGCAAACAACGAACCGUGUAACCACAUCAACGGAACCUGUCCUGACUCAUGUGAACCGGGAUAUAAGGGAGAGAAAUGUGACGAAGAGGCUGACCCUAGAACAUCUGGAUUUCUUUGUAAAUCGCUGUGUACUAAUGUAUGUAACGCGGUAUGUAAGAAGAAAAUCUGGAAUUAAGAGAAGAUCGUGAACUAUACCAACAGUAGCAUACAUGUUUUACGUCUUGUCACCAUAUUUUGAUCAAAUCAUGUGUAUAACAUUAUUUGGAAUACGUGUAACAUGGAUAUCAUCAUUACCAAAUCAAUACGUUUAAUUGGUAUGCAUUACUAAACAUAUAGUAUGAAUAUACGACUUUAUACGAUUUGUUACGCGUACCCCCGUAAUGACAGUAUGUGGAACAUAGAACAAUAAGUUAAUUUGGAUAAAAUAUGCUACAGCUGCAGAUGUUUAUGUAUAUAUUUACAUGUGAGUGUAUUUUAAUGUGGUGUGCAAUCAGAGUUACAGACAUGCAUUAUAUAUAGCCAGUCCAUCAAACAGAUUUGCCAUCAUAAUUUUUGAAACGUGUAUGGCUUAGAAUAUAAUCUCAUGAAACCCAAAAUCUAAUGACACUCAUGUUUCUUUCACUUUCAUACCAUCAUCAUUCAAAUCGCUUUAUAAGCCUGGUCGAAAAUUAGAUGGGCGUGGAAAAAUAAUAUGAGAAGGAAGGACUCUACUGGUCGCUUUUAG